AUGUCCCUCCUAUCCCAUCCGCGAUUGGAUUUCGACAUUCUCCCCUACCCUCCUGUACCGAAGACGCAAGCAUUAUCAAGCUUGACGUUCAAGCCGCCGCCUCUUGACGGCUCUCUGACUAUCCCUGAGUUCUAUGAUUGGCAUUACCACAAUUCCCCUGAGCACCCUGUCUUGAUUUUUCCUGAAGAGGAUGGUCGCCAGAGAACCGUGAAAUGGGCAGAGACUACGCAAGCGAUUCAUACCUGCGCCAGGAUUCUCCAGCGAACUAUCUCCGCAGAACAAGGUGCUGAGACGAUUGUAGGAAUUUUCGCAGCCUCAGAUACCAUAACCUACUUCACGCUAAUUGCUGCAACAUUCCGCGCCGGGUUCGCCCCCUUCGUAAUAUCUGCCCGCAAUUCCCCCGCCGCGGUCGCACAUUUACUGUCGACUACUAGCGCGAGACACGUCAUAGUUGGCUCAGAUGCCGCGCUGCUUGAAGCACUUGAUGCUGCGUUGAACUUGAUGCAAGAAAGCAACCCAUCCGUAGUUUUGCCUGGCCGUUCCACAAUGCCUACAUUUGAAGAGAUCUUUGUUGCCGAUACCGCCUUCGAAUUGCUGCCUCCUUGCCGACCUGACGUGAAUAGUCUUGCCCUGAUUUUCCACUCCUCUGGUAGUACUGCCUUUCCUAAGCCAAUUGGGUGGAGCCAUCGUCAACUCCUCCAACUAGCCGUUGUCCCCUACUUCGGUGAGCGCGAUUUAACAGGCGUAAGGCUUUCUUGCCACGCAAUGCCUAUGUACCACGGUAUGGGCGCAUCACAGACACUUUGGACGGCUACGAUGGGUAUCACCGUUACUGCUGCCCGACCUCAAGCGCCUCCCGUCCCCGCGACACCUGAAAAUGUGCUGAUGAGCGCCCAAGCUACUGGAGCAGACAUCAUAUUUUGCGUACCGUCGUUUAUCGAGGCCUGGUCCCGCAACAGAGCAACAAUUGAGUAUCUAAAGAGUAUAGAUGGAGUAUUUUUUGGCGGGGGCCCGUUAAACAAAAAGGCGGGCGAUCUCGUGGCUCGUAAUGGGGUUUCAAUCUACAUUUUAUAUGGCUCCUCCGAGAUUGGGAUCCCCGCCCCAAUAUUACCUCCAGACAACCCCGGCCUCGAUUGGGAAUACUUUACCUUGACGAAGCAAUACACAGGUAGUUAUGUGCCAAACGGCUUUGGGCAGUAUGAACUAGUUAUCCUGGUACGACUUCGUUACCAUACAAAAGUCCAGCAAUUCAAGCGACCUCUCCAGCCUAACCCAUACCAGAUACCCUCUGUCAUCAACGGCCAACUGGGCGGCCAAGAUGCUUAUUAUACGAGUGACCUGUUCGUUGCGCAUCCCAUCAAGCCGGGAUAUUACAAGGUAUUCGGGCGCGCAGAUGAUCAAUUGAUGCAUAGCACUGGUGAAAAGGCAAGAAUGCUUGCCAUGCUACAGCUCUCUGAUGAUCCUAGGGUCCAAACAACCGUCAUGUUUGGGCGUGGGCGGUUCAACGUUGGCGUUAUCGUCGACCCUCGCCCAGAGUAUCGAUUUGAUCCAUCCGACGCCGCUAAAUUGGCUGAGUUUCGAAACGCCAUCUGGCCGACCGUCGAGCGAAUGAACGAUUAUGCACCUCAGCAUUCGCGCCUUUUCAAAGAAAUGAUCUUGGUCGUCUCGCCCAGCAAGCCCUUUGACUAUACCUCCAAAAGCACAGCUCGGAGGCAGACCAUCAUCAACAACUAUGAGCCGGAGAUUGAAGCUCUGUAUCAGUCUGUAGCAGAAACUUCACAAGUAGACGUCGAGCUGCCGGCUGCGUGGAACAUGGAGCAAACGCUUCCCUUCGUAAGAAAGCUUGUCCAUCAGGUGUUAGGGUCGGCAUCUUCAAGCUUGGGCGACGACGAUGAUGUAUUCCAGCAUGGCUCCGACAGUUUACAGGCGACGUGGAUACGCAAUACCCUCUUACGUGCUAUUCGCGAUAGCACCACUCUUAGUACGAAUGGCGUUGCCGAGAACAUUGUCUACCAACAUCCCACCGUCAACAAACUCUCCUCUUUCGCUGUCCGUUUAGCUUCACGUGGAAUAGUGGUGGCAUCCACAAGUGAAGACGGUAAACUUGCGGCAGAAAACAUGCAAGAAAUGGUUGACAGAUUUAGUCGGAACUUUUCAAGGGGAAUACCCAAUGGCAAUUGUCAGGUAUCAGAUGGCGACGGUGACGUAUAUCUAAUUACGGGGACCACUGGCACUUUAGGUACUGCCUUGCUUGCAGACUUACUACGCAACCCGAAGAUCCGGCGAAUCUAUGCUUUGAAUAGGUAUAGUCGGACAACCUCGCUGCAAGCGAGGCAGGAAGAGGCCUUCAAAAACUUAGGUCUACCUUUGCAUCUACUCGACCAGUCACAUCGCUUGACCCUCGUCGAGACGGACCUCGCAGACGACAACUCUGGAUUGACAUCAACUUUAGUCGAACAAUUCCGCGUCUCUGUUACGCACAUCAUUAUCAACGCAUGGCCGGUCGACUUCAACCUUUCGCUGCCAUCCUUCGAACCAAGUGUUAAGGCUGUUAGGAAUUUAAUCGACCUGGCUUUGUCCUCGUAUCGAACCCACCCACCUGCUGUAACGUUUGUGAGCAGCAUAGGUGUUCUAUCACGGCGAAAAGAAAAAACAAUCGCAAGUGAAGUUCCCGCUACCGCAGAUGAAGCGGCAGGCACAGGGUACAGUCAAUCGAAAUGGGUAGCGGAGUCCAUCCUUCAAAACGUCGCUUCUUCUACACCCUUGAAGGUCUCCAUAGUGCGUGUCGGGCAACUUAGCGGCGCAAGGAAUGGCCACUGGAAGGCGUCUGACUGGCUGCCUACUAUUGUCAAAUCCUCGCGAUCUCUAGGGCUCUUCCCCGAUUUCGAUGACAGCAAAGUCGUCAGUUGGAUCCCGCUGGAGGCCGCUUCCCAGGUACUCCUUGAAUUGGCAAGUAAGCCUUCUGAGGGUAGCAAUAUCUUCCACUUGGUCCAUCCCAAACCGGUUCGCGCCAACCUCGUUUCUCGGGCCUUCUCUUCGACCCUCAGGAUACCACUCAUCCCUUAUAUCGAAUGGCUCGAUCUCCUAGAAACCAGAGCCCAAGUAGCCUCGACGAUAGGCACGGACUCAGAUGACUUACGGGAGAUCCCUGCACUAAAGAUGCCACAUUUCUUCCGGACGAUGAAGGCGGGCUGGGAGCAAAACGGGAGUGGUAGAGAAGCUUGGGGUUUACCAAGCUUGGACUUCACAAGAGCAUUUGAAGCAUCAUCGGUGCUGCGUCAGAACGUUAGACCGAUAGAUGAGGCAGAAGUAGAACGGUGGAUUGGAUAUUGGAGCAACCGGGGGUUCUUGUGA